GUACAUAUGUACAUGAGUAGUUACUUCAACUCAAAAAAUUUUCUAUUUUAAAAAUUUACUCAGAACUUAUUGUUUACCUCACAUAUAGUAUAUUGAAGUUUGAAUAAUAUUCAAAAUGAAUUGUGAAGAGUCAAGCGAAUCGCCGAACAAGAAAAAUGUGCCAUCUACACCACCACAGCAAAAGCAAAUUGAGACACCAGAAACCGACGACGAAGAGAUAUAUAUCAAGACGUUCGAUGAGCUUGAAUUAGGUCUUGUUGAUGAACUAGUGCCAGUGCGAAAUGUUACCGUUAAAUUCUUUGUUGAUGACUCACAUAUUGUAACGCGAAUCUAUUCAAACCGCUUAACUAUGGGCGAUAUAAAAGCUGAUAUCGCAAGCAAAUUCGAAGUGGAUCCCAAGCAUUUAAUAAUAAAACAAAAGGGGCGCGAAUUAUCAGAUAAUUGUUUACUGGCACAAUUGUUUGCACAAGACUUUUGUACAUACUCCUUCGAUGUAGAAUUAAAGGAUAUUUCAGAAACGAAUAAUGGCGAGAAUGUAGAACCACAAAAGUUGAAUUUGAUUAAAUACAGCGGCAAUUUACCCGAUUUCUUAACUGUGCGCAUAGAAGACGAAUGGGGCGAGCGCAAGAAAAUUGUAGUAGAGAUUGUGAAUAAGGCUAUUGCAAAGCCAUUUUUGUGUAGUUAUCGCGAUACAAGUACGGGUAUGGAAUAUUUUGAUGCAUUCACUCAAACUGGACCCAUUUUUAAUGAGGAGGACUAUGCGCGAUAUGUCUCCAGAGACACGCAGACUCGUGAACACAAAAGGAAAGAUACUAAUACUGCUCACGAACAAGCCACUCAGUGCUUUCAGGAUGGCAAGCAAGUAUUGUAUGUUUCAGCUGCCACCGACUACACCAUAACUCCUGGAAAAUAUCAGACUUAUGCGCAAAAGAUCCGCCGUGAAAAUAAACUGGCUAAAAUCAUAUUAAUUCAACGUAAUCUUCGUCGUUACAUAAUGUGGCGUUUUAUGUGUAAAGCGGCUAAAGAGUAUCGCCGGUUAGUGGCCAAUCGGAAGGCUGAAGAGGAACGUCUGCAGGCGGAAGCUGAAAAGCGUAUCAAACGAAUUGAACUGGCUAAACAAUUUCCACGCACCAAAGAUGACUUUGAAAUGUUGUACAGUGAGGUGCAGAAAUGGAAGAUAGCCGAACUGAAGCGUAUAACGCGCUUGUACGAAGGGCCAGCUCGCAUCGCCGAGGUUAAUGUGUUGCUCGACAAGGAAAUACAACUGCGCAACGGCAUCGAAAAGCAACGCUAUAUCGUCAAAAAGGCGAUGGAGGAUUUUCGCAAUGAAAAAAUGCUCACCAAGUUGGGAGAGCCAAUAAAGUGGAUCGGCUACAAAGAUAACGUAAUCCAUAUGGAUUUGUUGCGUACACAACGGGCCCGAUUCCUUACCGAAGUUUACAAGGACAUGCAAAAGAAAGUGAGUAGAGAGGAACGCCUGCAGCUUUUAACAAAAUUGAAAUCUAUUUUGAUGGGCGAACGUGAGUUUCCGGAUUUCGCAGAGAUCUUUGACUUAAUACAACGUGAAAUAAAUUUGCUGCUUCACACUAAAUACUGUGACGUUGAAGUCUUACAUAAGCGCCAGAAUAUUCUAUGGAUGGAGCUGAUAAAGUUCUCAAAGGAUAAACCCAAAGAUUAUGGUGAAAAUCGUAUGUGCGACGUGUGUAAGGAGGUUAAGCCGUACAGCCAGUUUGCGCUGCGAACGCGUCAAAACAAUGUGGACACUUGCAAGCGUUGCUAUUACAUAAAGUUCGCCUCGACCGACAACAAAACUUACACAGCCAUACUGCGCGCGAUACAACGAGAUGAACGCAAGCGCCGCUGCAACGCCUCAUUCGCAUUCGUACUGCAAAUGGAUGACAUUCGUUACAUUAUUGACCAAAUUUGGCAUAGUCAUUCAAUACUUAGCAAGAAUACGGUAUUGAGCAAUUUGCGUUUGCCGCGUUGGUUGAAAGGUGAAGAUUGGUCACCGUGGAAUUGCAUUUGCCUUACUGAGUCUGAGACACGCGAUCAUUAUAAGCUUGACGAUCCGACCAAAGUCUAUGACCAUAAAUUGGUGCUGGAGGUCGGAAAUAGGCAUAUGUUGGCGCGCGCUGCAUUCCACAAGAUGACUGAAGUCGCUACCGAAUUUGUGGAGACUGGGCAAUGGUUCCGUGUCGGAUUGAAUAAGGCGCGCACAGUUCCAUCACCGAACGAACGUCAGCGCUCGAAAGCAAUUACCUCGGCUCUCAAAGAAACGAAAAAAUGAGCGAAACACUUUUACCGCAAUCGAACAAUUUUAAAAAUGCAUGACAACUAUGC